CAUUGUUUCUUUAGGGAUGGAUCUGGAAAGAGCAGCAAGCAUGAUAAAGGCAUUGCCUUUCAUGUCAAAGACUAUUGUAGAUGAUACCAUCUAUGAGAAAGUGUUAUCUUUUUUAACCCUUGUCUUGUCAAAUCAUUCGCAACAAGAUAUAGCCGCCCUUGAUCAGACAUGUCACUUUUAUGAUCAUAUCCACAAAGCAUGUCUUGAUAGACCUGAUCAAGAUUAUCGUGUCAUCACACUCUGCAUUCGAUUGACAGGCCAACUUGUCUAUUAUGGUGGCAAUAGAUGGUUUGAUGCCUUAGAACAGCAGUAUCCUGCCUUAUUAGAUAGGAUCAGCAUCAGCAUCACUUCCUCUGAAGCCACCCUUCGAUGUGCAUGCAUUGAAGCAUGUCGCUUGUUUCUAUCAUCGACAAAAGGACAACAUUGGCUAAAGAACAACAAGGAGAUAACGUCUUUGAUCAUGUAUGCUUUAUUAGAUCAAAGCAGCUAUGUUGUCUCUGAAGCAUGUCAAUUAUUCUCGACCUUGUUGACAUUGGAGCUCGAUCCAUUGCUUCAAAUGAUGGACCCAACCAUGAUUGUUCAGUCUAUUCUUCAAUCCAAAGGGGACCAACACCAAAUUAUGUCUGCUUUGGACUUUUGUUGGACACUUGUCAGUAUUGAUAAAAAAGAAUCCGCCAUACAAUUCAUUCGCUCAAGACAAUUGAUGCAUUCUAUCAUUCCCUUAUUGAAUUCAAAUCAUCGCAUGAUACGCUCACGACUAUUAGAGAUAUUGUCUGCUUUGUUUUCCUGGGAUGAUGAUCCUCUAGAGACAUUGGGUCUACAACACACAACACCAGGCAUUGAGCAAGCCUAUACAAUACUGAGUGAAGCUUCUAUGAAGACAAUCAGAGAAGCAGCCACGAUGGAUCAACUGACCACAGCCAUUUCUCUUCUAGAAACAGUGUUUGUGCUGUUAAAGAGAACAAGCAUGGAUCUAUCCAAAGAUGCUUAUCUGAUUUUAUGUGACUUAGUAUCCAUUUGCUUAGAUAAAGAUCAUCCGUCACUACAGGCCAUUCAACACCUAUUUAAAUCAGAUCGUACAAGAAACAACCUUCUUCAACUUGUCAUUCGACUGAUAGACACAUUGACCAAGAUCAACCCCAAUCAUCCGUGUAUUACUCAAGCACAGCAUGAUACGAUACUCUUGAAUGUCUUGGCGUGCGAAACAGCUUAUACAGAUACCCGCGUCCUUAAAGAAACAUUGGCCUUGCUUAUUGAUACACUCAAGAGUAUAAAGGACAACAAGGCAUUACAGACACUAUGGGCAAAGGCGAUGCAUGCACUUGUGUUGAUCAUGACCGACUUGUUAGACUGCAAAUCAUUCUCUAUCUUACUCUCAUCCAUGGAUAUUCUCUUGAGCCAUGAUUCAAUUGGUAGUCUUGAUAAUGCAUUAUUAGCAGAUGCACUCAGUCUUAAGUUCAUUGAUACAGCAUGGGAUAUACGUGAUGCAGCCAUUCAUUUUGUAGGUCAAUUGUUUGAUGCACCUUAUUGCAAGUUUAAGAUUCAGUUUAGUUUAACCCAUCAUUUACCAUUACAAGUCUUUGAGCGUAUUCAUGAUACUGAACCGUAUGUCCGUGCAUCUGCUAUUGAAGUAUUGAGGCGUAUGAUGGUCUCUAAAGAAGGUUGGGAAUACAUUCAACAGAACCAAGUCAGUCGAGAUUUAGCAAGUCAACUACCUCGGUUUUUGCAUGAUACAGAAGCCUUUGUUCGAAGAGCCACUUUAGAUGCUAUCAUUUGUUUAGUUCAGCAUAGAUCAUGUCAAGGCAUGGCUAUGGAGAUUGAAUCUAGUGAUCACUCACUCAACCCAUUUGUUUUACAAAACUUGAUUCAAGAUGAUGAUACAGAAGUGCGUAUUCGUACAUGUCGAUUAUUAGAAAGCCUUCGCUAUCUUUACUAUCAUGAACAACAACAGAACAAGAAGAGAAACACAUUAGACACAUUUGUCUUUUUUCAUCAUAUCAAAGCAGCUGAAUUAUUGACUGAAGCUGCUGUAGAUACAAACCGAGUUGUCCGUAUGGAAGCUAUUCGGGUGAUAGAGUCUAUUUUAUCAGAAUAUCAAUCACCAAUUACUACAAAUACAAAGCGGGUCCGUGAACAAGACUUGGAUAGCUUUGAUACACAGUUUAUAGCCACACUAUCUCAAGUCAAUCUAGAUCAACAGAAACAAACAUUGGAUCCAGAGCAUUUGUAUGAAGAAGCAUUUGAUAUCAAUGCAGAUAUGAUGACACAAUCCAUUGUACCCAACAAUCCAGACGAUGAUAUGAAUAUGCUUGAUUGUUACUGAAAUGACGUAAUAAAUGCAUUUAAAAAUGA